AUGGAUAAUAAUAGUUGUAAUAAUAGUAAUAAUAAUAAUAAUAAUAAUACUCAUACGAGUUUAGAUAUAAAUUUAUUUAAAUCAGUUAUUAUAAAGAAUCGAGUAUUAUCAAAUUAUAUAUUUAAUCAUCAUGUUAGAAAUAUACAUAGACAAAUAGAACGUACAACACCUAAGCGGGUGUUGAUGAAAAAGGGUCGUGACAUCAAGUCAAUGUUAUGGUUGAUGAUUAUAUUUGGUUGGACUGAUGACUUUGUUCAAGAGUUUGAUCGACUCGUUAAUAUGGAUGUAGCAGAACUAUUCCUACCUUUUGAAGGCAACGACUAUACAAGAUUACGUGUUUGUCAUUUUGUAAAAGAGGCAUCUCGAACAAACGACCAUCGAUUACUCAACUUUCUACAUACCUUUUAUUUGCCACCAUCUGAAACACGUCAUGCAAAUAUAAAGUCUUGGGCAGAGGCCUCACAACUAAAGAUCAAGAACUUGACCUUUUUCGAAUUCUCCAAAGGUAUCGUGGACGAUGCUAUCAAAGCGUGUAAUGCUGAAGCUUUAAGAUGGGUCAUUGACAAUGUAUUCUUUCAAUUUUGGACGAAUGGUAAACCUCCAACUACCACUGAAUCAUCCGCCGGCGAUGUUGUUUGGUUAUCAAUAUCUUCAACCCUUGUAACUUGGUUAGACAAUAUUAUACAUUAUGGUUGUAAUCAUCCUUCAUCCUCUUCAUCUUUAUCCUCUUCAUCUUCUUCUUUAUCUUCAUCACACCCACAUGAAUUGUUGAAAAUAUUAUUGGACAAGUUUAAAGAAGAUAUAUUAGUAUUCAAAGAGAUGACGGUCGAUAAACCUAGAAACGAUGAUUUGUACUUUAAGUUAUCAUCGAAUCUUGAAUGGUCGACCUUUUACAGCAACCGACCUAAACAAGAGUUGAGGGAUUUCAUCGAGAUGGCGCAACCACUAAAGUUGAUCAGAAACGGUGAUUGGCCAUCCAUCAUGUCAGUGGCUAUUAAACUCGACUGUAAAGAUACCCAACACCUGGUACUACAAAACAUGAAGGCAAACACACUCCUUUUCGAGCAUAUACUACUGUUCCCCACCGAAUGCUUAGAGAUGAUCCAAUUUUAUUUCGAACGGUCUUUGAUUACACCACUGGCCAUCCGAGAACUCUAUGUCAAAGCGGCACAAAACGGACACUUGGAGACUAUCCUCUACAUCUACAGCAAGGAACAAAAGAUACCUCCACUUACCACACUGCUGCAAUACGCACAUCCAACAAUCAUCCAAAGUCUGUUUGUCGAACCAAUUGAAGACCGUAUUCGAGAGAUGGUCGAUAGUUGGCGUAUGACAUGGACCGUUCGUGAACUUGGCGACAACAUAGUAUCGGAUCCUCAACUAUUAGAUGUGGUUCUCAAGAAGAUACCCAACGCCAAAUUCCAAUGGGACUCUCAAUUUAUUUUAAAGAUGUAUAGACUUGCCAAUAGAGAUGGUGUCAAUAACAACAACAAAGAAAAGAAACCAAUGGUAUUGGAUCAAUAUGCAUCGGCCAAGAAUGUGGUAGUCAACUAUUCCGAUUUAUUGGGAGAGGUUGCAAGUCGCGGAGAUAUGGAUGAAAUUAGGUACAUUGCUACGACGUAUCCUCAGUCUUGGGUCAAGACCGAGUACGAACCUGUCAUAUCCUUUCCAACAACUCUUGGGCUAUCGUCGAUUGAACAUUUGUGCAGUCAGCAUUUGUAUCAACAGGUACACUUGCUAUUCGAGUUACAACUGGUUUCGUUAAACACUAUGUUUGAAUACAACAAUCAUAUGUUUACUUCAAAUAUCCCACCACUAUUAUUCGAUAAAAUAAUCGGGUCUAGUCCAACUCUACCGGUUUAUUCACCAGCCAGUAGUACGACAACUGGCGACGACCAAUUCUUUAGCCUAUUUAAAUACCUCUGUGAAAGUGUCAGGUAUCAGAGCUUGGCCAGUUACUCUCGUAAUGGUCCACACCCAGUCUCUCCAUUUUUCGAAUUAUAUUCACACAAAUUGAUUGAUAUCGCCAUCAAAAAGAAUCGAUUCAAUAUUGUCGAUUAUAUUCUCGGAUCGAAACUAUCAAUCUUUCAAUCGGUCGAUCGCACCAUACACAUUGACGUGCUCUUUGCCACUGGCAGCCAACCUCUGAUCAAAUUAUUCGUCGACCACUCCUAUAUCACCAUUACCAAAGACAUGUUUAAAUCGUGUUGUGAGAAUGCUCAAAUCGAUAUAUUUGAUUACAUGGUCGAUGAACUACACCUUGUACCAGAUAUGCGUGUACUAAGCUACGCAGCAAAAGGAAUGAAUUGGGGAAUGGUUAAAUACAUCUCGAAUCUAAUAUCAACCAAACCUCAUUUAUUUGGAAAAGCCACCUCUGAACCAUCACCAUCACCAUCACCAAUCCUCAUCACAGCCAGUGAAAUCAACGAGUUGAUAAAAUGUGUCAAUAAUGAAAGUCCGAGCCCUGCCACCAAAGAUGCUCUCAAAAUUACAAAAUAUUUAAUUCUACUCUACUGCAAACAAUAUAGUGACCCUGAAACCAAAAUAGAUCCAAAAGAAUUAAUAUACCUAUUUAACGGUCGAAUGGAUGCUAUUAGACAUCACAUGUCUGUCGAUUCUGACUGUGUCAUCUUUAUAUUGCAACUAUUUUAUUUUGGUAAUAUUAUGACUGUUGACGAGGAUGGUAAAGACCUCUCAAUGGUUCCCAUUCCCAAUCAUCUAAGACCACACUUUUGGGUGAUGGAUACAAAAGGUUACAAUACCUAUCUCAAAGUGUCACUUCGAUUUGGUCACCUUUUACUCAUCCAAUUCUUUAUUGAUCAUCAUGAUCAUCCUAAAAACUUAAAAGUAAUAGAAUCACAUGCUAUUACAGAAAAGUAUCAUAAUAGUUAUUUUAAAUAUUGUUCAAUUUUUUUCAUCAUCAAGGUUAUAGCUUUUAAUCAUAAAAUGAAUUCUAAAAGAAUGAUUAGUAGUGAUAAUGAUAGUAGUAGUAGUAAUCGUACUACUCUAGAUAUAAAUCUAUUUAAAAGUGUAGUUGUCAGGAAUAGAGUAUUGUCAUUGUUGAUCUUUCAACAGCAUGUUCGCGACAUACAUCUACACAUACAGAGACAAGAGAAAGAGAAAAAGAAAAAGGUGGUGAUUAGAAAAGGACAUGAAAUCAAGUCGAUGCUGUGGCUGAUGAUCGUACAUGGUUGGACCGAUUGCUUUCUUCGCGAGUAUGACAGGAUUGCGAGAUUGGCAGUAUCAGACAUCUACCCAAUCAAUCAAACCUAUCGACCACAACACACAAGACUGAUCAAAGAAGCAUCGAAAACAGGUAACCUAAAGAUACUCAAACGUCUACGUCAGUGGGAUGACGACCAACCCCACCCUAUAUCUCGUGUUGAUCAACUUUCAGCCAAACCAUCAACUCUAAAGGAUCUAUUCACGUUUAGUCUUGACAGACACAACAUUGAAAAUAUUAUAAAGUCUGGUCAUUCCGAUACACUUGGUUGGGCUCUUUCAACUGUUCCAUUCCAAACUAAAUCAAGUAAAUCUGAUCCUCACUAUGUCGGUGUGAAUGUACUUGUCAAGUGGUUGCAAGAAGCUGUCUUUUAUAGUUUUGGGUAUCAAUCAUAUAAAGGAUUGGACAUUAAUAAUAUGUCUGCUCAAAAGACAAGUAUACAACUAUUGAAAAGACUGCUGGAUCGGUUUGGAGACGAUAUACUCGAUUACAAAGACCAAACAAAAAGACAGAAAACAAAAGAUGAACUAUGGUUGGAAUUUGGAGCAUUGGAAUACCAGAAACAAGAGUUGAUUGACUUUGUCAAUCUAGUCAACCCAUUGAAACUGCUAACUGAAAGGGGAUGGUAUAUUGUGGUCAAAGAAGCAAUCAAACAUGAGAGCAAGGAUGUAUUAAAGGUGGUUAGACACACCUUGCCAAAUUUAUCAAUCGACUUUUGGUGUCACCCAUCUCCAUGUUCGUUGGAUAUGAUUCAAUUCCACUUUGACACUUGUACCAUAUUGGGAGACUUUGAAUUCACCCCCACCUACGUACUCAACCCAUUGUACAAUAAGGCUGCAUCGAGUGGUCGAUAUGACACCAUACUCUACCUCCACCAAAAGUAUCCUCGUGUGUGUCCACCAGUGACACUAGUCCAACACGCUCAUCCCAUCAUCCUUGAACGUCUCUUUGUAUCACCCGACCAACAAGCACAGGCCAUGAUAUCUAGAUGGAAACAAGACAAACCAAUUGAAUGGAUUAUACGUGACCUUCACAAAGAUGUACUAUCCAAUCCUAGACUAUUAGAGUUGGUAUUUACACUUCCCAAUACAACCUUUCAUCUUUUUGAUUCAUUCAUAUCGGAUGUUUAUCAGUGUGGAUGUAAAGAGUCAAUAGAGGUGGUCGAUCGAUUCAUAAAAGAAAAGAAAUUGGUUGUUGCUCUCUCUGGUGGCUUGGAUGAGAUAGAACAUAUUGUCAGUCGUUAUCCAAAAUCGAGAGCAUUCAAAAAGGAAUUAUCGGGAACCAAAUCUGACGAGGACAUGGAACCAAUAGAGUUCCCAACAUCACUUAGUUUUUCACAAAUCAAACAACUCUUUCAAGAAGGUCGGUACAAACAAGCUCGACUUCUUUUCCAAUUGAAUGCAGUGUUACGUAAUUCAAUAUACUACCUAAAUAUACCUGGUAUCAUUACUCUUCAUUCACAAUUAUAUCUUAUCGAUGAACUCUUAUUGUACAGUCCAAGUUUAACACCAAAUUCCUCAACAAAUAAUAAUAAUAAUAAUAAUAAUAAUAAUAAUAAUAAUAAUAAUAAUAAUAAUGAAGAUGAAAUAUAUUCAACAUUUAAAUUCUUGUGUAAAAAUGUAGAUUACGAUGGUAUAUCAAGAUUGGAAUGUGAUAAAUAUGAUUCUACCAUUUCAAAAUUCUCUGGUCUCCCACUCACCGAUAUUCACCCAGUCGAUAAAUUGACAAAUCAUGCAUUCAUAUCGGCCAUCCAACGCAAUCGUCUCGACAUUAUUAAAUACAUGGCCACUGCCAACCCACCACUUCUCGAGAUGGUCAUACCAAACCACACAGACCUCUUUGCCACUGGCAACGUCGAAUUGAUUUCCUAUAUCCGUUGGAACGUCGCCAAAAACUGGGAUCCAAUAGGAGUGGAAUUUUUAUUUAGAGACGUGUAUGCCAAAGGUCAAGUGGAAAUGUUUGAUCUCAUGGUCAAUGAAUUAAAACUCAAACCAUCAAGCAUCAAAAUACUGUUGUAUUUUUCAAAAAGUUGGGAUAUGGUGAGACAUACAAUGAACCUAUUCACAACAAACCCAUCACUGUUUGGUGAAAAUGGUGAUAUCCCACAAUUCGAUUAUAUCUUUAUCGAUGACUGUAUAAGGAAUCUCUUUUGCAAACGAAAAAACUCUUGUUGUUCACCACAAGACUUGUACAAAAUAGUAAAUUAUUGGGUUCAAUUAUAUUUGAAUCAAUUUUACAACCCUACUAUCAAUGAUAAUGACAACAACAACAACAACAACAACAAGAAAAAGAAAUCAAAUAACAACAACAACAACAAGAAAACAAUGAAUUCAAAUGAACCAGCAGCAGUCCACAACAAAAGAGAAAAACAAAAUGGAACAAUGAUAACUUGUCCAGAAAUGUUCCAUUUCUUUGGUUAUAUCAAACAUUCUUCAGUCGAUGGUGCAAAGGAUUGUCUUGUAUAUUUAAUCCAAUUAUUUUAUUUUAAAAAUAUUAUUAUCUUUAAUAAUCCAAUUUAUAAUAAUUAUAAUAAUGAUUGUAAUAAUAUUUUAUCAUCUUCAAAAAAUAAUAAUCAUUUUAUUUCUCAUCCUCAAAAUAACAAUCAACAACAACAACUUAUAUUUUCAAUACCAAAACAUUUACACCAAUAUGUAUCAAGGAUAGAUGAUGAACAAUUAUGUAAUUUAAUUGAUUGUGCACUCGAAUUUGGUUCUUUACCUCUAAUCGAUUUCUUUAUCAGUAUUCGAAAACAAACAACAGUUGUUAUAAUGAAGAGUUUCGGAUCACCCGAAAAAUAA